AUGGGAGGAAUUGGGGAGGUGCGAGAAAGUGGAGAGGACGUUGGUGCGAUCGGGACAAGGCUCGGUGGAAUUGGAAGUGGACGCGAUAACGGACUGAUUGAUAUGUGGGAGAGUGUGGACGAGGAGUGGCGUUCGGGCGGGGAGAGAUCUUGCUGUCAGGAGAGGAACGGAGAACAGGGCGGUAACGAAUAUCAGAUUAUGUUCAUCUGUUCAGAGGGAGAAGGAGAAGAGCGGCGCGCAUUUGACGAGGAAGAACAGGCUAGCGUCGCAGGAAGCACUGACGUCGCGAAGGAGAAGGAAACCCUGCCAAAGGACGCCACGAAGACCGGACUCAAGGGAGAGGUCCGCGAGCAACACGGCGACGAGAGGGAGGCCCUGAAGCCCCCUCCGCUGACGAGGGUUCCUCCGCCGAAGCCCCCGAGACUCGACGCGACGCGCCACAGGGAACUCCGAGGACAAGCGCUUCACUGAAGAUCGGAAUGACUGCGGAAAGACAAAGAUCGAGGACGUGGAUUGGGGAGAAGAUCGGGGGGGAGAGAACUCGGAAGGACAGACAGAGGAAAUGGUGGUGAAGGAAGAAGAGGAGUGGGAAAAGAGGGAAGAGCAGAAGGGGGAGAAGAAAAGUGAGGAAGAGAGAGAACAAAAAGAAAAAGGAUUGGAGGGCGACAAAGAAGAGAACAAAGAAAAAUAUGAAGAAGAAACAAUAGAGGAACAGCAGAAGGAGGCGACAGAGGAAAUCCAACAAUCGAAGAGAGAAGAUACAGAGGAGGAAGUGGAAGAGGCCGAUAGAAUCGCAGCGGCGCGCGGGGCAGAGGCCGCCCUCGGCCGCAAGGAGGGGGAUGGCUCGGAGGGCGGCAGGUCGAUGCCUCCCAAGACGCCCUCUCCCUCGCCGGGCUUCCUGCCCCCUCUGGCGAGGCUCCCGAGGCGAGGAGCCAAGAAGAAGAGGACGCUCGGCUUCGGCGGCGCCAGGGGCGGCACCCGAGAGGCCUCUGCGGCUGCGCCCGACGAAGAGGUUUGCGGGCCGAGGAAACCUCCACGGCGCAGUCUGUGCGAGGCUUCACAACGAGGCUUGGAAAAGGAUCAAGACCUUUGUCGCGAGCACCAACUGCCGCUGACCUUCUACUGCGCCACGUGCAGGGAGGUCAUCUGCCGGGACUGCGCGUUCAUGACACACCCACACGACCUCCACAAGAUCCUGGACACUGCCGACGCCCUUGCCACGCUCCGCCUCAGCGCCGUCACCCUCCUGCGGCACUACACACUCGUGCGGUCCUUCCACACGUCCCUCUCCGCCGCCCUCGAGAUGUACAUCGCCAACAACCCUACCAUGAAUGGGGGAUUGGGUGAUAGCCACCCCUUGGAUCUACCUGCGACACCUUCUAGAACCUUAUCUUCCCGGAAAUGGUGCCACAGAUACAGCUAAUACUAAUCUGCAUGCUAGACAGCCUUCGAAGACAGGCCCCAGGAGUCCGAGUCCCAGGCGCGACAAGGCUUUCCCCCACAAUGCCCGCCAGAUGGUGCUCAACAACCUCCUGCCCUACGUCAUCUUCAACCCGGAGAUAAGGUACUUCCUCCAGAUCAGCGACCUGCGCGACACGGAGGUGACGCUGGUGGUGGAGCCCUCCGGCGAGCACAUCCGCGAGUACCUGACGCGGCGCCACCACGCGGCCACGCUCUCGCCCCGGACGCUGCGCAGGGCCCGGGCCGGCUUCUCCCUCGCCGACGACGCGCUCAACAUCGUCGAGAAGCAGUUCAUGAUGGGGGGGCGUCACAGGUCCCGGCUGGUGGGGUCGUACAUGGUCGUGGAGGGAGGACACGGCGCCGGGGGGAGGGAGGCAGGGACCGCCGUGCAGCGCAUCGUCAAGGUCAGCCUCCCCGACGUGACUGUCGUGGACGGGGGGCGGGGCCUCCCUUCCGUCGGCUGCAGGAAGAUCACCCAAGGGGACAUCAUGCUCGACCACCAACUCACGGGCAGACCCGUGCUGAGCGUGGCCUUGAGGGACAUCUUCGACGUCUCCGCCUUCCGCCUCGGCCACGUCACGCGGGGGCUCGACGGCCUCACCUACCUCAUCGAGGCCGAAGAGCACCGCAAAGCCGAGGCGUCGGGCCUCCGGGCGAAGAUCCUGGCGACGGUGCGGCGGGAGGAGGAGGCCGUCUACCAGAUCACCCUCGGCAUGGACAUCUGAAUGGCAGUGCUCGUUAAGUACAAAGAUAAACGCGGGAGAGACAAAAAGGUUGCGAGCAAAUUCGGUCGAGUUAAAAGUACAGGGAGGAACCUGGAGAUAAAGAAGGGAAAAGAAAGGAAAACAUCGGCUUUCCUCUUCCUGAGAAUGGGUGAUCUUUCUCAUGUGUAAAUUAUUUUAUCUACUUAUUAGCUCGUCUUACCCUGUACUAGUUGUAAAUGUGUACAUAUUCACAUUUCCAUGUUAACCAGUCUCCAAAUAAAUUAAUACAUACAACUAUAUAAAUAGAGAAGAUUCAGAUAA